AUGGCACUCACCAACCUCACUUCGUCCAACUCGAUGCAAGACAAGCAACGUCGAAGGAAGCCAAGCUCUUCAUUCCCCGAAACGCCACCGCGGUCAUCUGAGAGCUCAGGCGAAGAAAUGCAGAUCAGCCCAUUGACAGAAAUUUCUUCCCCAGCCUCAUCCAGUUCCACUACCCGUCUCCAGCAACCAUAUCUCCACUUCCUGAUGCCGGAGCCGCCUGAUCACAUGGACGACGACAUGAUCGACCAAAUAUGCUUGUGGCGCCGCAUACUGCUAGCCAGACGGCGCAACAAGGACUGGCGCAACACUCCUGUCUUCGACGAGGUGGACGAUGAGAGCGAUGAGCCUCCCAGACGUAUUCGUUGCUUGUCCGGAUCGUAA